AUGUCAAGAUCGGGUGAUAAAAUUCUUGGCAAUUCCACAGAUGGUCCCCCAGACUCUACACCGUCGGAACAAUGCGAAAGUCACUGGAGAUACGAAGGAUAUCCUGGGUUCUCCAAGUGGAUGGCCUCAUCGGGAGACUUUCUAAUCCUCCGGCGGUUUAGCCAGCUGAACAUCCGUGUCCUCCUACUUAUGCAGCAUCAAAUCGUCAUGUUAAGCGAGGAACUAGAGCAAAUUGAUCAUGAAGGACAACAAUAUUCCGACGCAAGAGGCGACUGCAGCUCACUACAGCAUGAACCUCUACCACAUCGACUAGAGAUCCUCGAUCAACUGAAGAUAUUACUCAAAGAGUAUAACGAAUAUGUCUGUUGCUUCUCCGAAAUAAGAAGCUGGAAGUCCGCACAAGACCACCAGGUAGAAAAUGUAGAGAACUGGGCCUACAACCACGAACAUGCAAUUGAUGCUAAGGAGCUGGAAUUUAUUCGAGCUGGCCGAGAUGUCGUCGCUCUUGUGCGUAACGAUAAAUCUCCUUUACGACUCCUACUAGAGAAAUUCAGGCCCAUCAUUUUAAGCAACCUUUUCCGAACAAAAACGAAGCCAGACCAGGCACAAUCUGCUACGACGAAUUACUACAGCAAUGCACGGCUUGAUGCGUCUGUAGCGUUCAUCAUUAUUACAACGGGGCUCCUUCUGCUGCUUGGGCCAAUGUGGUGGCUACAAUUUGUGAGGGAUGAAGUUAAGCGGCUUGGGAUUAUCACUGGGUUUGUGUUAUUGUUUACGAGUUUGCUGGCGAGUACGACAGUUGCAAGGCCAUUUGAGGUUCUUGCUGCCACUGCCGCGUAUUCUGCUGUUCUCAUGUCUUGA